UUUUGUUAAACAUAUCCUAAAAAAAUUUCAAGAUUUUUUUGCUAAAUCAAUUGUUAAGAUAUAUGAUAAACCAUAUUAUAAAAUAAAGAAAAUAAAACAUUUUGAUGUAGUUUAAUUAUGUGAGUGUGUUGGGUGCAGUUAAUGGUGAGAGAAUCUCACGUCGCUUAAAGAUAAACUAAUAAUUUUUUUAAAAAUUUAAAAGUUUAAUAGUAAUUCUCUUUUUUAAUAUAUGAAAUAUUAAAAUUGUAAAAGUGAAACUAAAAUUGUUUUACUGUUUCUUUGUCCGACAGAGGGGAGUGUAAUUAGAGCUUGAAAACUCAUCCAAAUUAGAGAUAAUUUUAUUAAUUAUAUUAUUUAAAAUAUUUUUAAAUUUAUGACAAAAAAAAAAUCAAACUGUAAGCCAUUUGAUGUAUAGAGCAAUAACCGAGGGAAAAAAGCUCGUUACUUUAAACAAUUUUUAUAAUAAAAGUAAUCAUAAAUUCAUAAUUAUAAAACAAAAGGUGAGAAUGAAAAUUCUAUUUUUUUUUUAUAUUGCUUCAAGAAGCGGAGAAAAAUAAUCUCAACUAAAUUAUCCCUAUCAGUACUAAACAAUUUAAAAAAUUUCUCAUCAUAGCGUGCGUUUUGGUUAAUACAAAGUCAAUUUGUCAGGAUCCAUGAUUGUAAUUAAUCAAAGCUACAACUCAUGGUGCUUCUAAAAUUCCACAAAAAAAAGACGAGCCAAGUGGAUUGAAGAACUCUGCUGCUGAUCAUCCAUUUCACAAAUUAUAUAUGCACCACUCAAUUUUUCCUCCCUAAUUUCUGCCAAUUUCAACUUCCAUAUUUUUGCGUAGGAUCAACAAGGGAAUAUUAUGUUCAAGGCAAUGGCGCAGUGCUUAAAGGAGCUAAUAUUUCUUUUCUUCUUAGCAAUCUUCUCCAAGGCAGCCGAGGGCCUGAAGCCCUACUCCAGGGCCACCGUUGCACCAGAUGCAGUUAAUAAUAAUUAUUGUCUCAGCUGGAGGUUGGCAGCAGAGGCCAACAAUUUGCGAGGGUGGCGGACCGUUCCUGCUCAAUGCAUGCAUUAUAUUGAAGCUUACAUGAUGGGUGGUCAAUAUGAACGGGACCUUGACUUCAUUACAGAGCAGAUUUUGAGCUAUGUGAGUGAGGUUGUUCUCUCUGGCGAUGGCAUGGAUGCAUGGAUUCUUGAUGUUGAUGACACUUGCAUCUCCAAUAUCUUUUAUUACAAGAAAAAGAGAUAUGGGUGUGAGCCAUACGAUCCGGCUGGUUUCAAGGCAUGGGCAUUGAAGGGACGGUGUCCAGCUAUUCCUGCUGUUCUUGGAUUGUUCCAGGUCCUAAUUGAGAGUGGUUUUAAGGUAUUCUUGGUCACUGGCAGAGACCAAGAAACUCUUGCCCAAUCCACUAUCAGUAAUUUGCAUAACCAAGGAUUCAUUGGCUAUGACCGACUCAUUUUGAGAACGGCGUCGUACGAAGGGCAAAGUGCAGUUGCAUACAAGUCGGAUAUUAGAAAGCAACUAGUGGGAGAAGGGUACAGGAUAUGGGGGAACGUGGGCGAUCAGUGGAGCGAUCUAGAAGGAGAAUUUUCUGGCAACAGAACCUUUAAGCUUCCCAACCCCAUGUACUUUGUGCCGUGAUGAAUUAAUCAGUGGAUUUAAUGUCA